AUGUUGGCUACUGAGACGGUAUCAGGUAUACAUAAUAGUAUUAUUAGUGUGGAUGAGUUACAGAAUUAUGGGGUUAAUGCUUCUGAUUUACAGAAGUUAAAAGCAAGUGGUAUAUUCGCUGUAAACACGGCUUGA